UGAGCCACACAAACGAACAGGCCCCUAAAGCGUUUUUGGCCUUUACACGAAACUUAUUGGGAAGUUUGUAGUUGAUGAUACAAAUUGAAAACUACCGAACAUAUUCGGGUCGAGGUUCGGGUUGUAUAAUGCAACAACGCCAACGGGUAUAGGAAACGACUCAAGAAGUGAAGUGAAGUCAGGAUAAAAUGGAGGUUCUGUUGCUCCUUCGAGGGUAGAAUCGUAACUACAGAGUUUUUUUUUUACCCUUUGAACUGCUUUUACUUUGGCCACUCUUUUCUUUCACGCCGCCCCUUUUUUUGUUUUUCUUCCCUUUUUUACCUUUCCUUUCCGAAAUGGAGCUUCUCGCCGGCGACUGUCGGAAACGAGUCGGCGACGACUUCGACGAAGACGUUGACCCUUUUGAUGGCUCAGGUGGUGGUUGCGGGUGGAUGUACGGCAGCCGUCAAUCGGACUCUCAAGGAAACGACGACGCUUUGGCUACGCUCGCAGACUUGGCCUCCCCUCCUCAGAAACUCAAACCUAUCAGGUGUGGCGUUAAGCCUCCGUCGGAUGAUCGACAUCCCCUUGAUAUUCUCGUCGGAACCCUAGAUAGGCUGCCGGAGAUGGGGUUUGGCUGCUUCGAAGCUCCCUUGGGAUCGAAGAUUGCUGACGUUGGGCAAAGUGGUCAAUUGACUCGUGGGAUUCCAAAGGGUGAUGAUGCUGGUGCUCCUCUUCCCCUCCAUUUGCAGUUUCAAGCUCGCAAUCGCCUCUCUUUGGAUGGGGUCUCUCUCAGCUCCUCUGUUAAUAGCGAUAGUGACUCAUCCCCUGACGUCCGCAAGACCGUCGCGGGCAAAAGAAAGCGGGAAACAAGGGUCAAUCUGGAGCAAUUCUUGGAGAAGUUGGUGGGGAGUAUGAUGAAGCGGCAGGAGAAGAUGCAUAACCAGUUGAUUAAGGUGAUGGAGAAGAUGGAAGGCGAGAGGAUACGCCGCGAGGAAGCUUGGAGGCAACAGGAAAUUGAGAGGAUGCAACAGAAUGAAGAGGCUCGGAAGCAAGAGAUGGCACGCAGCUUUUCUAUCAUCACUUUCAUCAAAAGCGUUAUUGGUGACGAUAUCGAGAUCCCUAAACCCUCCGUGUUCCCGCAGCCACUCCAGCAGAUUCUUCCCGAGCAAUGUGAAGACAAGAAAUGUGGUUCCGCUCGGACACAAAGAGAGAUAAAGUUUAGGUAUUCAAGAGGCGGCAGCAGCAGCGGCAGAAGGUGGCCGCAAGAGGAAGUGCAGGCAUUGAUUAGUACAAGAAGCGAUGUGGAAGACAAGGCGGUGAUGAACAACAAGGGUUCGAUUUGGGAUGAGAUAUCAGCAAGAAUGAAGGAAAGAGGGUACGACAGAUCUGCUAAAAAGUGUAAGGAGAAGUGGGAGAACAUGAACAAGUACUACAGGAGGGUGAUGGAAGGUGGGAGGAAACAGCCUGAGCACAGCAAGACUCGCUCAUACUUUGAGAAACUUGCAGAUUUGUACAAGACCAACUUCUCGGGAGAGAGGGAAGAAUGAGGGUUCGACUGAAAGAUUUUAAAUUAGGUUUUUUUUCUUGGCACGCAAAACGGAUACGUGUAGAUGAUUUCUCGAGUUUCAUUUUUCUUUAUUUUGCUGUAGUUUUAAUUUUAACUCUACUCUACGAGACUACGACUAUGUAUUUGUAUGGUGUGUUGAGUUUAGAAGGUUCGAAUAAAAAGACAAAUACGUUGGUGA